AAUACAAGCAUAGUUUAUUUUGUAUUUUAAACAAUUGCAAACUUGUUUUUUAUCGUUAUGUUUAAGUGGACGCUUUAAUUAUUAGUCCAAAUUUUAAUAAUAUGCCAUCCAAGAAAAGAAUCGCUGUAUGGAUGUCGGAAAAAAAAAUUCAGAAAAUUAACUGGCAGGAACUGGUUUCCGUCUCUAACAAACACGGAUUCGAUGUUUUUAAAUUGAAUUUGAACAAGAAUAUUAGGGAUCAGGAACCUUUUUGUGUCGUACUUCACAAACUUACAGAUAUUAUUGCUUCAGCAAAUCAAGGGGAUAUCAAGAGUGCAGAUAUUAUCAAUGAAGUCGAACAGUAUUUUAGAGAAAAUCCUUCAGUGAUUAUAAUGGACCCAAUAUCGAAUGUAAGAAGACUUCUCGACCGUUACAACUGUUAUACCAUGAUUGAAGGGACUGAUUUGCGUAGUUAUGGUAUUUUUACGCCUAAUUUUUGUGUUCUGAGGACUAGCAGUUUAGACGUUAUUAAAAAACAAUUAAACAGUGCUCUAGUUACAUUCCCAUUUAUUUGUAAACCUUUAUUAGGCCACGGAUCUAGGCAAGCCCACGAAAUGUCGAUCAUUUUUGACGAGAAGUAUCUUGCUGAUUGUCGUACGCCGUGUGUGGCACAAAGUUUUGUAAAUCAUAAUGCUGUGCUCUAUAAGAUAUUCAUAGUAGGCGAAAAAUUUUGUUUUGUGGAAAGGCCUUCCUUAAAGAAUUUUUAUGCUACCCAAAGGGAAACAAUUCAUUUUGACAGCAGUGAUGUUUCCAAAGCAGAUUCUAAAAGUAGGUUGAGUGUAUUGGAUCCAGAAGAUAUUCACAAGGAAUGCACAAAACCUGAUCACAAGACCAUGCAAGUGAUAGCAAAUACUCUCCGUAGGUGUUUUGGGAUGGAUCUGUUAGGUAUCGAUUUUGUUAUUGAGACUUCAAGUGGUAGAUAUGCCAUUAUAGAUGUUAACGCUUAUCCUGGAUAUGAUGGUUUCCCCAACUUCUAUGAAGCCCUUCUGGAAUGCAUUUCAACAAAGUUACCUCUGAUUACUGAUUAAGACACAAAAAUAUACUUUAUAUAAAUAAAUAUUAAGGUACUACUGCCAAAAAUAACAUAUUUUAUAAUGCUCAAAGCAAAAGUGUUGUAAUAUUAUGCAAAGUCUGUUUAUAAAGUACUUUUAUAGUCAUCCAUUAAAAUUGUUAAGCAAUUUAUUUGAUUUAAUUUUUUUGGA